AUGGCUACAGACCAGGCUCAAAACAUCAUUCCUCCCUCAGGUUAUGGCCCCCCCAGUGGCCUGGGAGCAGGAUUUGCGAAGAGAAAUGGCCUGGGAGUCCAGCCAGGCAUUGGAGGGGGUGUAAAACCCCACAAGCCAGGAUUUGGGAAUGGGAAUGGGCUAGGAGCAGGGGCCUUCCCAGGUGUCUCAGCCCAGCCAGGCUUUGGAGGGGGUGUGAAACCCCAGAAGCCAGGAUAUGGAAACGGGCUGGGAGCUGGUGCCUUCCCAGGGCUGGGAGCCCAGCCAGGCCUGGAAGGGGAAAUGAAACCUUCGAAGCCAGGAUUUGGGAGCAGAAAUGGUUUAGGAGUCAGCACUUUUCCAGGGGCAGGAGCCCUGCCAGGCCUGGGAGCGGGAAUGAAACCCCAGAAGCCAGGCCCUGCAGCUCCGAAUGGUGGCCAGGGACCAGGAAUUGGAGGGGGUAUGAAACCUCAAAAGCCAGGAUUUGUCAAUGGGAAUGGGAUGGGAGCCAGGGCCUUCCCAGGAGUCGAAGCCCAGCCAGGCUUGGGAGGGGGCGUGAAACCGCAGAAACCAGGUCUUGCAGCACCGAAUGGCUUGGGACCAGGCUAUGGCGGGGAUGGAAAACCCCAGAAGCCAGGAUUCGGGAAUGGGGCCUUCGUGGGAGCAGGAGCACAGCCAGGCAAGGCCCAGGAACUCAGGAGCAUGGGUCUCGGAGCACUAAAACCUCAGAAGCCAGGCUUUGGAGUGCAUGUGAAGCCCCAGAAGCCAGGCCCAGCAGCCCAGAAUGGAUAUGGAGCCGGCUUUGGGGUGGGCAUGAAGCCCCAGAAGCCAGGAUAUAGUAAUGGAAAUGGACUGGGAACCCAGCUAGGCUUUGGAGCAGGUGUGAAACCCCAGAAGCCAGGAUUUUGGACCAGAAAUGGGCUGGGAGCCCAGCCAGGCAUUGGUGAGGGCAUGAAACCUCAGAAGCCAGGACUAGGAGGGGCCAUAAGCCCUCCAAAGCCAGGAUACACACCAGGGAAUGGGCUCGCACCAGGUUUGGGAGGGGAUAUGAAACCUCCGAAGCCAGGAUAUGGCAAUGGAAAAGGACUGGGGGCCCAGCCAGGUCCCUGCAAUGGGAAGGUCCCACCAUUGCUUCUCCCCAGGCUUCCCACUCCAGGAGGCCCUUCUGAUAGAGCAGGUGUCUGGGGUCUGAAAUCCCAGCCCCCUCCUCCAGUGCAGAAUGGCAAGUUCCCAGCACCGACUCCAGCCAUCCAGUGGGGACUGAAACCUCAGAAAGCAGGGUACUAUCCUUUGCAUGGCUAUGGACCAGGAGCAGAACUAGGCUUUGGUGAUGGCCUCAAACCUCAGAAAGUUGGUUUUGGUUAUGGGAACGGUGGUCUGGGAGCUGGGAUUUUCCCUGAGGUCUUCCUGCAACCAGGGUUCCCUGGGGCCAAUGGUUUUAGGAAUGGGUAUGGCGAGGAAGCCCUGGUGUACCCCAAAGCUGCAGCUCCAGCCUCUGAAGGAAAUGGGCCCUAUGAGCAGCUGAGGCCAGACCUGGGCCCCAGGCCUUUCGGCCAUUGUCCUCUUGGGAAAUGCUGAGCACCUGAGCUGAUCCACUGCCCAUCCUGAGCGCCUCUGUACCAGAGCCUCGUCUGCUUGGCAAGGACAGCCAGACAACCCUUGGGCUUGGUCUCUGGCCUGGGGUCUUCUGAGG